AUGUUUAGGGACAACGAAGCAUUUUUUUUUUGUUCAUAUUUUGCAGGACCACCUGGACCACCAGGCCCACCGGGCAAACGGGGGAAGCGUGGCAAGAAAGGUGAUCCAGGCGAAAAAGGCGAUCCGGGCAUCAACGGCGUGACUGGCGAGAAGGGUGCUGCGGGCAGGCCGGGCGAUAAAGGUCAAAAGGGUGAUGUUGGCCAUCCGGGCAUUGAUGUCUUUCAAACUGUGAAGGGUUUGAAACGAUCGGUUACCACCCUACAUGGCGGCACUUUAGGCUAUGCAGAAAUUGUUGCUGUCAAGGGUUUACAAGAAGCCGGCGUGAAUGUGUCAGCCACCACUGUCAUACAACUGAAGGGUGAACCUGGCGAACCAGGUCCACCUGGACCACCCGGACCACCUGGUGAGCCUGGCUCACCGGGAAUGAACGGCGGACGUGGCCCUGAAGGUGAAACGGGGCCUCCAGGACCUGCUGGACCACCUGGCGAACCCGGACCAAUUGGACCACCUGGCGCGCUGGGCGCACUAGGACCUAAGGGCGACAAAGGUGACCGCGGUGAUCGUGGCCUCACCACGACCAUUAAAGGUGACGAAUUUCCCACCGGCAUAAUUGAGGGGCCACCAGGUCCACCAGGACCACCUGGACCACCUGGCGCACCUGGCGAACGCGGUGAAUUGGGCCCGGCAGGACCGGCUGGCCCACCCGGCGAGAAAGGACCGCGCGGCAAACGCGGCAAGCGGAUUUUCGGUCCCGGUGGCGCUAAGGACGAAGACUAUGAUGAUCCCCCAGUGCAACUGUUACGUGGUCCACCCGGUCCGCCUGGCAUGCCCGGCAAGGAUGGUCGCGAUGGACGCGAUGGUGUUAAGGGUGAUGCGGGCGAGCCUGGAGAACCUGGUUCUCUUGGACCGCGUGGCUUGGAUGGUCUACCUGGUGAGCCCGGUAUUGAGGGCCCACCUGGUCUGCCUGGUUACCAAGGUCCACCCGGCGAGAAGGGCGAUCGAGGCGAUAUUGGACCACCAGGGCUGAUGGGUCCACCCGGCCUGCCCGGUCCACCCGGUUAUCCGGGUGUGAAGGGUGACAAAGGUGACCGCGGUGAUUCAAAGUAUAGAAAAAUGCGUCGGCGACAAGAUGAUGGAAUGUCGGAUCAGCCUCAUAUGCCCACUAUUGAAUAUCUUUAUGGGCCACCAGGGCCACCCGGUCCUAUGGGUCCACCCGGCCAGCCGGGUAAGCAUGGAGAACGUGGCAUGGAUGGGCGUAAAGGUGAUCCGGGUGAGAAGGGCCAAAAAGGAGACCAAGGACCAAUGGGUUUACCUGGUCCUAUGGGUAUGCGUGGCGAUUCUGGCCCAUCUGGCCCCUCUGGCAAAGCUGGCUUACCGGGUCCACCGGGGUUAGAUGGCAUGAAGGGUGCUCAAGGCGAAACUGGACAAAAGGGUGAACGUGGCGAUCCUGGGCUGCCGGGCACUGAUGGCAUACCCGGCCAAGAGGGACCGCGCGGUGAGAAGGGUUCACGCGGAGAUGCUGGACCGCCAGGCAAACGCGGACGCAAAGGUGAUCGCGGUGACAAGGGUGAGCAGGGUGUACCUGGACUGGACGCGCCUUGCCCACUGGGUUCUGAUGGCCUGCCAUUGCCGGGUUGUGGUUGGCGACCACCAAAGGAGCCUGUCAUCUCCACGCCCAUACACAAAGAUUAUCUGCCCGAUGUGACAGCGCCCGAAAGCAAUACCAGCGACUACGAGGCAGAGGAAGAGGAGGAUGAGCAGAAUGAGGCUGAAGAGGAAUACGAUGAAUAUGCAGAGAAUUUGCAUAAUAAUGAUUAAAUAACAAAUAGAAAUGCGGAUAAGAUGGCACAUCAAACAUGAAAUGCAGAAUCAGCAAAAUAUUCGAUCACACCUAAGCACUUUGUAAUAACCAUUAAGCAAUAAAUUUAUAAACUAAUUCCAGGAGUUAACAAACGCUUAGCUGCUUAUACAAACAAACAAAUAUAUAAAAAAAUAACCUAUUUUGGCCAUGACAACCUAGUAGAUAAAAAAUACCAAAUAUUAAUUUAUGUAAUACUUUUAAUUGUUUCAGUACGUAUGCUCUGUGUUUGUUCGUAGACUCUAAGAAUUUGUAGGCUUUUAACUAUUUAUUGUAUUUUUUUAAUUAUAACACUUAAUUGCCUUAUGUUUUAUGCGCAUAGUUGAAAUAACGUUUUCUACAACAUAAUUGUAUGUAUUAAAGUGGGUUAUGGUUCCAAUUAACACACCUUACAAAUUAUGGCAAUUGCCACAGUCGCUUAAAGUAGCUGCUCACAGUGUCAACAGCAUUCAGCACACAGCACACAGCACUAACUCCCAUUGGUUGCGGAUGUAUAAAGCUUUCGAAAAAGAAAAUUGGCAACAGUGGUUAAAGGAGGAAUUAAAUGCGAUACAGAGGCCUGCGCGAAAUUGAAAAUGCCACUCAAUACAACACAUUUCAUUUGGAAAAAAGAACGAAAGUGAAAUUUUCAGCUGAUCUAAAUAUACAGGUCGACCAGUGUGCAGCUUUAAAUGGUGCCCAAAUGAAUCUCUAAACCUACCUACCUAGCUACUAAGCUCAACGUAUUAGUGUUAGUAACUAUACUAUCUGAUUCAAAAAAAUACGAUUGAAAUUCUAAUACGAUGGAAAAUACAUAACUGUGUAAUUAUAGAGUUACCAUAUGCUUAUUCUAUGGAUAAUAAUGUAAUGGUGUUCCAACUAAAUAACAGA